AUGGAGGUGGAAAGCGCCAUGACUGGCAAGGCUAUGCCCUUGAGGGCUGCUGUGAGGGCGUGCGACAGCCUGGCGGAUUUCGAGAAGCUGAUUACCUGCCGGGGGCAGAGGUCCUUACAAGCGAUGUUGGACUGUUUCAGCAUCUUCCUUCCCUGUGUGCGAGGGGAUUUGCAGAGUGUGGAAGAGCUGAGCUACCGCUUUGUGGGUGCCCAAGCCCGGGAGAACAUUGCAUACACCGAAGUGCGCUAUUCGCCUCACCUGUUGAUGGACGGAGAAUAUUUCACGGAGACAGAAGCUGGCAACCCUGAGCCGGCCAUAGCUGCAGUGACGCGGGGCCUGCGGCGAGGGUGCGCGGAGCAUGGUAUCAUUGUGAAUCAGAUCAUUUGCUGCAUCUCCUUCCAAGCUUCCUGGUCCAUGUCCAUCAUGCAGCUGGCUGAGAAGUAUCGCUCAGCUUAUCCCUGUGCGGUGGUGGGUGUGGACGUUGCUGCCGGAGAGGUGGGAGAUGAUCCUGCAGGUCAUGUCGAGGCCUUCCAAAAGGCCAAGGAGCUGGGGCUCAAAGUCACCUUGCACGCUGGCGAGGUGGGUGGCCCUGAAAACGUGCGACAUGCUGCUUUUGACUUUCAUGCUGGCCGCGUGGGUCAUGGCUAUGCCGUGGCUGAUGGCCAACAGGAAGAGCUUCUGGCUUCGUUGGUGCGGCAGGGGCUGCACUUUGAGGUAUGCCCCACCUCUUCCGAAGAGACGGGUGCGUGGAGGCAUGAGACCUCGGAAAAACCGCCGUGGUCAGAGCACCCAAUGCGGCGCAUGUUGGAAGCUGGAGCUUCGGUCUCCAUCAACUCGGACGAUCCCUCGGUGUUCCUUACCUCUUUGACAGAUGAGCUGAUGCUUUGCAUCUCCGAGGUCGGUCUCUCAAGAGAGCAGAUCCUGCAGCUGACGCUGUCUGCACUGGAUGCUGCCUUCUGUUCCAAGGAGGAAAAGGAUUUGAUCCAACAGAAGAUCCAAAAUUUUACUUCGACCUGA